GGAUUGGCAAUCGCCGAAAACGAGUGGCUCAUCUCUUUCACUUCCUCACUCCCACACCAAACCCACUUCAAAAAUCCAAACCACCAUCAUGUCCUCCCUGACUACUACUCUUCUGUGUAACCCAUGGCCAGCAGCGCCGUCGCACUCUCUAGCUCCACUCUUUGCCACCUCACUAGAAAACCCACUUCACUGACUUCAACACUCAGCUUAAGAAUCAGAGCCAAGGCCUCCACAGCCAUGGCUACGGCCUCCGCCGCCAAAACCAAGGUGGUACCUGCAGUGAUAGUGGGCGGUGGAAGGGUCGGAAGGGCCUUGGAGGGGAUGGGGAAUGGCGGUGACUUGCUGGUGAAAAGAGGAGAGCCCGUGCCUCUUGAUUUCCAAGGUCCAAUUUUGGUUUGCACUAGGAAUGACGAUCUUGAAGCUGUUCUUGAAGCCACUCCAAGGCCUAGAUGGAACGCAGAUUUGGUUUUUUUCCAGAAUGGAAUGCUGGAACCAUGGUUUGAAAGUAAAGGCCUUGGUGAUGCUGACCAAGUCCUAGCAUAUUUUGCUGUCUCCAAGCUUGGAGAACCUCCUGUUGAUGGAAAGACUGAUACCAAUCCUGAAGGACUGACUGUGUCAUAUGGGAAAUGGGCAUCGGCAGUAGCCGAUAGAUUACAUGCUGGAGGCCUCACUUGCAAGGUUCUCAACAAGGAAGCAUUUCAGAAGCAGAUGUUAGAGAAGUUGAUCUGGAUUUCAGCAUUCAUGCUUGUCGGAGCUCGUCAUCCAGGAACAACUGUAGGUGGUGUAGAGAAAGAAUACCGCUCUGAGGUGUCUAGUCUCAUUGUGGAGCUUGCCUCUGCAGCUGCUGCAGAGAAGGGGUUGGUAUUUGAAGAAGCCAUGGAGGACAGAUUAUGUGCAUACUCACGCGCGGUUGCACACUUUCCGACUGCAGUUAAAGAGUUUAAAUGGAGAAAUGGUUGGUUUUAUUCUCUAACCGAAAAGGCAAUUGCCGAAGGAAAGCCGGAUCCCUGUCCGCUCCAUACGGCAUGGCUCAAAGAUUUGAAAGUUGUCUAGGUGAACUAGGUGCAGAAAUAAAAUUGAAUUGUGUUUUUGUCAGUUUUACUUCAUUUUGACAAGGUAAUAUUGUAAACUAGGUCGAGGAAGAUUCGAAUUAGGGUGCAAGGGGUGGGCGCAUUCUGUUUUUCGCUGAGUCUUGUGCAUGCUUAAAAUGGGCCUUUUCUAUACAAGAAACACGGCUUAGCAAUGUGCCAACUUCGAUGCUCAUCCUGAAAAAUUUAAGCACGAAGAGAUUUCUAUGUCAUCGCAUAACAAUGUUAUUUUAACAAAAAAUUUAUAAUCUUUUUCAAUGCUAA